UGCUGUUGUAUGUUUACAUUGUGUUUUCCUUAGCAACAGUGAUUCUCGGGGAGUGGCUUUCACUGCGCCAUUUACGCUGUUCCGUUCUGUAUCACGUCAUAGUGUUGCUUGACCGAGCAAGUGGUUAUAACUAUCUUCUUGUUGAUACAAUUUACCGAAUCUGCCCUUUCGUGUGUACACGGAUUAUUAAAAUAUGGCCGACGAAAAAACUAACCUGCCUGGCCAAGCCGAAUAUUCGCAGCAACCACCUGCUUAUGCCCAGCAGCCACCACAAGGUUAUGGACAACCUGGUCCAGCCGCAUACGGGCAACAAUCAACAAAUGUCACGUAUGUUUCACAGCCAGCACCAGCCACAACGGUGAUAGUGACAAAGAGUUCACCAAAUAACUAUCUUGUGUUAGCCAUCUUCUCAUUACUGUGUUGCUUCUUUCCAACUGGUAUUGUUGCUGUUGUUUUUGCAGCAAUGGUUGAUGGUGCUUGGCAAAGUGGAGAUGAGGAAAGAGCACACAAUUACUCAAAGAAUGCUAAAAUAUGGAGUAUUGUCAGUAUUGUGAUUGGUGUCAUCGCCUAUGUUGGAACUGUUGUAUUUGUCAUUGUAUGGUUCGUUGUUCUUGCUGCUGCUGUUGCAGAUGGUAUCAACGAGGCAACACCAUAGUUGAAUCAACAUAUACUGAAAUGACAGAUUUGUCAGAUAAAAAAACCACAUUGUAUAUAUGCAAGACUAACCGUAGUCAUCAAAAUAUAAAAACACAUUUUGCUGUUAUAGUGACAACCUUCUUUUUGAUGAGCUUAAAGUUUCAGUCAAAAAAAAACAAAAAACAUCGUUUGUAGUGUAAUUUGAAAACCUGAUUAGAAGAUGGGUUAAGUGUAUUUACAUAUGACAUGCGUCUAAAAAUAACUCCUUAUAUAUGUAAUGUUUUUUAUGUUCGUCCUCACUUUUUCCCCUUUUGACCAUUUCAACUCCCCAACUUUGUAAAAUUAAAUCCCGAAUAUCACUCAUGUUCAUUCAAUUUAUAUCUAAAUAUCUGUAGAACAUUUUAGGUUAAUCUUUUCAUAAGGAAAAAUAAAAGGUCCAGAUUGUACAUA